CCCCGGCCCAGCCGACAGCUGCCUCCCGCCGGCUCCUUCCGUCCCUGCCCGCCUCCUCCGCGGCAGCGGGAGCCCCUCAGGGCGGGAAGGUCGCGCACGCCCCAGGCGCACCCCGCGGGAGCCGCGGCCGGGCGGGAUCGCGGCGCUGCGGCACCGUGCCCGGGCGGAGCGUGCAGCGGCCGGACCGUCCCCCGGCGGCGCCUUUCCGGUGCCGCGGCCUCAUGGACCCCAACCUGCGGUUCUGGAGGGCGGAGGGGCAGUCUUUUUUCCAGAGGUUUCUUCUCUGGGUGGAUGUCUUGGACCCCCUGCUGCUCCUCAAGUCCUCCGAUGAAAUAAGAAGCAGCAGGUUAUUCAUACAAAACAGUGGGAAGACCCUAAGUGAGCCUGUACAGAAUGAUCAGACAAAAAAAGCCUUCCUGCUAAGCCUGUCCAGUGUACAUCCUGAUACAGACCAAAUAAUUCCUGUUGUGUUUAGACCUCCAGCCUUCCUGCCCUUAUCUCUUCCAUUGGUUAUUACUUCAUCUCUGCAGCUCCACGCAAAGCAAACUUUUUUUUGUCAGUUCGUGUUUCACGCAUAUACCACAGGAUUCACCCUAUGCAAUGGAAAUGGUACCUCAAAGGUUGAAGACUACUCGCUUCAAGAAAAGCAGAUCUUCUGUGGCUUGGGAGCAAUUUCCUAUGCAGCGUGUGUUGGUGCUGUUCCUCAUAUCUUCAUGAAUCGUUACACAUUGAAGAGUCCCUUAACGCAGCUCAUCGUCAAAAAACUUGUACCAGCUCCCCUUCUUGGCUUGAUGACUGCGUUUACUGUGGCAACAGUGAGAAGCCCGGAAUUUGAGAAUGGAAUUGAAGUGAUGGACAGGAACGGCAAGGUUGUAGGAGUAUCGCAGAAGGCUGGUAAGAAGGCCGUUAAAGAAACAGCAUUGUCCAGAGCAGUCUUGUUUGGGACAACGUUCUCCCUGCCAUCUGUGCUCACAUACUUUGUGGAAAGAGCAAAAUUUGUUAAAACUCCACGUGCUUUGGCUUCAGUGAGAAUGGUUAUGAUUACGUCAGUACUAACAGGGAUGCUGCCAGUCUCGCUUAGUAUGUUCCCGCAGUGUGGGAAGAUAAAGCGAGCAGACCUUGAACCGGAAAUUCUGACAUCUACAGAAGAAACAGAGUUAUUCUACAACAGGGGAAUUUAGAGAUUUGCUUUAAUAUAUAAAUUCAUGUUCGGAUUGAAGUGAAUUUGGAAUUCAUCAAUAAAUUCAAUUGGCACAUGUAGCUGAUUGAAUUGUGAAAUUAUGGUGGUGUAUGUAUCAGACUUGGUGUACACAGCCCACGGGCAGAUACGUACACAUAACUGAAUGCUGUAAAUGAUCUUUGUAGCAGAAAGCACUGUAACACAGCAUUUGUCACAAACCAUGGUCUGUAUGCUUCCUCAUGUGAUUGAUUUCUUAAUUAAAAAAAUAUUGAAUAUAAA